AUGAAUUCAUCUAAGCCAACGACGGCAUCUAAAUUUAAUAAAAACUUUAAUAAAGUUAACAGUAUACUAGAAAGAAAAUUAAGGAAAUUUUUAACUGGUCCAAAAAAGGGUGAAACUUUUGAAUUAAGAAAUGGGUUGGUAUCUCAAUAUAAACAUGAAAGAAAAGAUGCUAUACAACGUGUUAUACAAGCAAUGACUGUUGGUAAAGAUGUUUCUUCAUUGUUUCCUGAUGUUUUGAAAAAUAUUGCAACUUAUGAUAUUGAGCAAAAGAAAUUGGUUUAUUUAUAUCUUAUGAACUAUGCUAAAACUCAUCCAGAAUUAUGUAUAUUGGCUGUAAAUACAUUUGUACAAGAUACUGAAGAUCCAAAUCCUUUGAUUCGUGCGUUGGCAAUUAGAACAAUGGGUUGUAUUAGAGUGGAUAAAAUGGUUGAUUAUAUGGAAGUUCCAUUAACAAGAACUUUAAAAGAUGAAAGUCCAUAUGUACGUAAAACUGCUGCUAUAUGUGUUGCUAAAUUAUUUGAUUUAAAUUCGGAAAUGUGUAUUGAAUUUGGAUUUUUGAAAAGCUUGAAAGAUUUAUUAAAUGAUUCAAAUCCAAUGGUUGUUGCAAACUCAAUUAAUUCAUUAUAUGAAAUUAGAGAUAUAAAUCAAAAUCCAGAUUUAGAAAUUAUAGAAAUUAAUUCAGAAAGUGUUAAAAAUUUCUUAUUAUGUUUAAAUGAAUGUACUGAAUGGGGUAGAAUUACAAUUUUAACUACUUUAACUGAGUAUAAUUCAAAAGGUAGAGUUGAAGAAGCAAAUCAUAUAAUAGAAAGAAUAAUACCUCAGUUACAACAUGUUAAUCCAUCUGUUGUUUUAUCAUCUAUAAAAGCUAUAUUAUUUCAUUUGGAAUCUUUAACAAAUAAAGCACAAAAAGAUCAAAUAUUGAAAAAAUUAUCAGCCCCAUUAGUUUCAUUAGUGAGUUCUUCAAUUCCAGAAGCUCAAUAUGUUGGUUUGAAGAAUAUUAGAAUUAUAUUGGAAAAAUAUCCAAAUGUUUUAACUAAAGAAUUGAGAGUUUUCUUUUUGAAAUAUUCAGAUCCAUUAUAUUUAAAAUUGGAAAAAUUGGAGGUCAUGAUAAGAUUAGCUAAUGAGACAAAUGCACCUUUAUUAUUAAGUGAAUUGAAAGAAUAUUCGAUGGAAUUUGAACCCGCUUUAAUCAUUAAAGCUAUUAAAUCUAUUGGUUCAGUUGCUAUUAAAUUAUCUGGUCAAGUUGUAAUUAAAUCAGUUACUUUAUUAAAUGAUAUUAUAGAACAAAGAGGUGGUGAACUAGUCAUAAACCAAUCAGUCAUUGAAUUAAUCAAUAUUUUAAGAAGAUAUCCCGAUAAAAAUGAUAUUGCAAGUUUAAUAAUACCUAUAAUUUCAAACCAUAUUCAAGAAUUAGACAAGAAUGAAAGUUUAAGUGGUUAUAUCUUUAUACUAGGAGAAUAUCCUAAAUUUUUCUCCAACUUGAAUGAAAAAUUAUCAGCAUUAAUUGAAGAAUUUUUGGAAUAUGAUUCAAUUAUUCAAUUAAAUAUAUUAACAACAAUUGUUAAGAUAAAUCUUGAAUAUUCAAACCAAUCAUAUUCAGCAUUAUUACAAAAAGUCUUGGAAUUGGCAACUAAAGAGUGUGAAAAUGCUGAUGUUAGAGAUAAAGCAUAUAUAUAUUGGAGAUUAUUAUCAUCGAAUUCAACACCAGAACAACAAAAGAAGAUUUUAUUAACUAAAUUACCACCUAUUGACUCAACAAUUUCAGAAUUUAAUCCACAAAUAUUGGAAAUAUUAUUAAAAGAAUUAUCUACUUUAUCAUCAGUUUAUCACCAGCCUUCAGAUACAUUUAUUGAAAAAGGUUAUACUAAAAUUACGACGAAAACUGAUAAAAUUGAAGAUAUCAAAGACUUUGCCAAAUCUGAAAUUAUUAAUAAUUCAGCACGAGAUGAAAACUUAUUAGAUUUCGAUGAUGAUGAAAUUGAAAAUGAAGAAUCAUCGGGUAAUGUAAAUAAUUUACUUGACGAAUUGAAUGAUUUAUUUAGUACCCCCCCACCUCAAAAACAAACAACAACUAAUAAUGAUAUUAUUAGCUUAUUCAACACUACUACACCUGCAACAAAUAAUACUCAACAACAAGAGAAUCAAAGAAAGGAUAUAAACAAUGAUUUAUUAGAUCUUUUUUAG